UUCAAACCUACUUCUCCGCUAUUUGACACACACCAAACACAUUUCUAGAUUCACGCUUCUACCACUACACUACUUCCCUUCACUCUCUCUCUCUCUCUCUGCAACCAAAUGGCACCUUCUACCACCGUACCUAACGGUACCCUCCCCUCCGGUUCCGUCACCGGACGCUUAGCCUCUGUCUACAGUGAGGUCCAAAAGACGCGCGUGGACCACGCGCUCCCUCUCCCCUCUGUCCUCAAGCAUCCCUUCACCAUUCUCCACGGUCCUCCAAGCUCCGCCGCCGGAAAUCCAGACGAGAUCGCGAAGCUGUUUCCGCAUUUGUUCGGACAACCUUCCGCUGCAUUGGCGCGUAGCGAUGCGGCGCAGACGCAGAAGAAGCUGAAGAUUGGCGUGGUUUUGUCCGGUGGCCAGGCUCCCGGAGGCCACAAUGUCAUUUCUGGAAUCUUCGGUAACGCUCGUUUUCGAAUCCGAUUGCUUUUCUUUCUUCGUCUUCUUCUUCUUCUUCUUCUUUUGAGAUUUAACUUUUUUUCUUCGAUCGUCUUAGAUUACCUGCAAGAGCGCGCACCAGGAAGCACGUUGUAUGGUUUCAAAGGUGGACCUGCGGGCAUUAUGAAGUGCAAAUACGUUGAGCUCACCUCUGAAUAUAUUUAUCCUUAUAGAAAUCAGGGUGGCUUUGACAUGAUUUGCAGUGGGAGGGACAAGAUUGAAACUCCAGAGCAGUUUAAGCAAGCGGAAGAAACAGCUAAGAAGCUAGACUUGGAUGGGCUCGUUGUUAUUGGUGGUGAUGACUCAAACACCAAUGCGUGCCUUCUUGCUGAGAAUUUCAGGAGCAAAAAUUUAAAAACAAGUGUAAUUGGAUGCCCUAAAACCAUUGAUGGUGAUUUGAAAUGUAAAGAAGUUCCCACAAGUUUUGGGUUUGAUACAGCUUGCAAGAUAUAUUCUGAAAUGAUUGGAAAUGUUAUGAUAGAUGCCCGAUCAACUGGAAAAUAUUACCAUUUUGUGCGGCUUAUGGGGCGGGCGGCUUCACACAUUACGCUGGAAUGUGCUUUACAAACUCAUCCAAACAUUACUAUUAUUGGAGAAGAGGUUGCUGCAAAGAAGCUGACAUUGAAAAAUGUCACUGACUAUAUCGUAGACGUUGUUUGUAAAAGAGCUGAAAUUAAUUACAACUAUGGUGUCAUUCUUAUCCCUGAAGGUCUAAUUGAUUUCAUACCUGAGGUCCAGCAUCUUAUUGCAGAACUAAAUGAAAUUCUUGCCCAUGAUACUGUGGAUGAGGGUGGGUUAUGGAAGAAGAAACUCACUGAUCAAUCAUUGAAGCUUUUUGACUUUUUACCUCAAGCAAUUCAAGAACAAUUGAUGCUUGAAAGAGAUCCACAUGGAAAUGUUCAGGUUGCCAAGAUAGAAACAGAGAAAAUGCUUAUUCAAAUGGUUGAAACUGAGUUGGAGAAGAGAAAGCAAGAAGGCAAAUACAAAGGCGAAUUUAAAGGGCAAUCCCACUUCUUCGGUUAUGAAGGGAGAUGUGGCUUGCCUACUAAUUUUGAUGCUACUUAUUGCUAUGCUCUGGGUUAUGGUGCUGGAGCCCUCCUUCAUAGUGGGAAGACUGGACUAAUAUCAUCAGUUGGGAAUUUAUGUGCUCCAGUAAAAGAAUGGACUGUUGGUGGAACUGCACUCACCUCAAUGAUGGAUGUGGAGAGGAGGCAUGGUAAAUUCAAGCCCGUGAUCAAGAAAGCAAUGGUGGAGCUUGAAGGGGCACCCUUCAAAAAGUUUGCCUCCUUGCGUGAUGAAUGGGCCCUGAAGAAUUGCUACAUCAGUCCAGGUCCAAUUCAAUUCUCUGGCCCAGGAUCUGAAGUAAUUAAUCACACUCUACUCUUGGAGCUUGAAGCACAAGCUUAGGCAUAAUAUGAGGUCCUUGUUUUGACGGUGGCAAUUCAUAUUGUUUUUUGGGAUCUUUCAAUAUAUAUUUGAUCUGUUACUGUCUAGUGUUUGAGUUUACUUGUGAAAUUAAUCAGUUAAUGAUUCUUGAGUUGGUUGAUGAGUAUGAAUUGGUCAACUCAAAAGUUGCAUACAACAUCGGCAAUUUAUUUUCAUGACAAUCAUUCCGAUUUUGCCUAUUAUACAAGUAACUAAAAGCUUUAUCCCAAUGAGGUCAGUUACAUUGGAUAGCUACGUAGAUUGCAUUAAUGCAAUUGAGUUUGAAUAAAGACCAAAAUUUCAAGAAUAC